CCAGCAUUUAUCUUAGCGGAACGCGUGCGUUCCCCGUGAUCCAUCCUAUGGACAACCACAUAUGAAAUGUCAGUAGACGCCAACCAAGCUGCUCUUGAUAGCACUGAGCAUCAGACCGUGUAUGUUUUUGGACCCUCCAAUGGCGCCACCCAUGAGCAGCCACGACCAUCAAAGAGGCGGAAGGUCGCUAAGAAGCCCAAGGAGGGUGAGAAAGGUGACCCCAAAGCCUACUUUCCAACCCUUUUAAACAAUACCGAAAGCUCUGAAUGUGUCUUAUUACGGCAAAAGCUUUAUGAAGAUUCGUGGGCCGCCAUAGAGUCGCAGAUAUUGUCAAUCCUGGGUGAAGCAAAUGAAAAGACUCUCUCGGAAGUCACUAAUUUUCUAAAUCUAUCCAUAAAUUCAAAAAACCUCGAGGGCAUCCCAACUGGUUUAAUCACCACUGGGCAAAACACGGCUUCUCAGGAACUUUUAUUUAGCCAGCUCGCAGAGCGUGUCCACGGUGAAACUGACGCUCUCAUUGUUACGAUUCGACCCGGAGAUGCGAGUAACCUCAAAGCUGCCCUCAAGAAGCUAAUCCGCGAUGCGACAAAUACUGACCACGACGACGAAGAUGAACGAUCCGCAUCUUCGGUCCCGGGUGACCAUAAAUUUCUUAAUUAUGACCUGCAGCUGCUUCAAAAUCAUUUGAAGACGUCCAAGCAUAGACAAGUUGUAGUUGCCUUUCAAGACAGCGAAUCAUUUGAUAGUACCCUUUUAACGGAGUUGAUCGAACUGUUCCAGUCAUGGGUGGAGUGUAUACCCUUCGUGUUACUAUUUGGAAUAGCAACGUCCGUCGAGCUGUUCCAUGAAAGACUUCCUCGAUCAGCGACAUUAUGCCUGCAGGGCGUUCAAUUCGAUGUUGAGCAGACCUCCAAAACCCUCAUAACGAUAUUUCAGAAGGUCAUUGCCAGUCCUGAUAUACGUCUACGUCUUGGGGGGUGCUUCAUAGCGGCGCUCCUGGAACGCCAACAUGAUCAAGUGUACAGCUUGCAAACAUUCAUAGCUGCUUUAAAGUAUGCAUACAUGUGUCAUUUCUAUGCCAACCCUUUGAGCAUACUUUUGGGCAGUUCUAAUGAUCUCGAGCGCACCGUAGUGCCGCUGCUUCAACCAGAGCAUGCGAAGGCAAUGCGUAUGCUUCCAUCAUUCAAAGCGAUGGUAGAGCAUCGCAUUAAAGAAGGCGACGUAAGGGGCUUGAAGGAUUUGAUCAAUUCGGACGAAGAGUUAGUUCAGCUCGCGGUCAAAACUCUUCAAGAAAAGGAUCUUAUGAUAUUUACCAAUCUGAGGCGGCUCGCAGCUCUCCACGGAGUACUAUUGAUCAGCACAAGCACUCCCACUGAUCCGACAGAACUGUACGUCAAGUUCUUCACUGACAAAUUCCGCAAAUCAGACUUCAUUCAGGACGCAAUCAAUUCCUGCAAACGGUAUGCUCCAGCAGAAGUUAUUGCAUUGGCUAUUGUUGUACGGGGGAUCCUUGCGAGGGAUAGUGACACAGGUGAGACCGAAAGUUAUUCGGCCUUUGAGGACGAGUUUCUGGAGGCGAUAUCUGCCCUUGAGGACAAAACAGCUUCAUUGAUACAUGAAGCCGAAGAAUCUGGGACGCCUCUCCAAAGCAGAUAUAUCAUGCAAAGCCAGACUCUACGAACAACUGUCGUCGCCCAAAAAGUACAGCUCAGCAAACGAGAGUAUAUUCUUUCCAAGGAGGACGCUGCAUUCACCUUGGUCAUCGACAAACUCGCAAAAAGCCUAGAGCAGUAUUUCAGUUUCGACUCACUGCAAGACCUGUUCCUCAACGAAAUCUGGAUUUACGACUCGAAAUCCCCAUAUCGAGAAGUCUUCACGCCACGGCCACGCCACGCGAUCGAGCGAGCGCUGUCGGUUCCCCAUGACUACCUGGGCUGCACGUGCUGCAAGGCCGCUGGCGGCCUAUCUUCCUCACACCCUGCAACGGCUACAUUGUACCAGCUUUACCUGGAAACAGGAGGGCUCAUCAACGUCUUUGACUUAUGGUCAGCAUUCCACACUAUAGUGGGUGCCGAUGAUGACGAAGAACGAGACGAGAGGAGCUGCUUAAUGCUGUUUUACAAGGCGCUGGCAGAUCUGAGGCUGCUUGGAAUGGUGAAGAAUAGUAAGAAGAAGACGGAUCAUUUGGCGAAAUUGUCUUGGAAGGGGCUUUGAUAUCUAUUUGUUUAAUGAAUCAUUUCCUAACCUCUUGUGGUCUUGUAUUGCGGACCCCAAGUGUACAUCAACAUAUAACUCCCGCUU